GUUCAAAAGAUCCUAGUUUCCUGCGAAAAUAAUUCAAAAUAGAUUCAGUCCGUUCAGAUAAAUGCGGAUAUAGUUGUGCUUAUUUUCACUCUAUUUCAAUUUCAUUAAACUUCUCUAAUCUCUUUUUCUGAUGAAAUAAACUUCUCUAAUCUUAAUAUUCAAACAAAAUAGUGAUCAUAAAUAUUCUAUUUGAAUUUAAAGAACACAACAAUUUCAAUUUUCAAUCACUUUUGGAAAAAUAAAAUAAUGUUGUAGCUUACAGAAACACAAACUCUCCUUGUUUUAGUCUUUGAUAAACAUCAACCACACAAAAAAACAGAGAAACCAAAAUCAAGAAACCAAAAAUAACAAACACUAUUUAAUUCUGAAUCAGCAUUGAUUUUUCUUUGUUUGAGCAGGAGAUUUCUUGGAGCUUAAAACCAUUUUUUAGUUUCUUGAGAUGCCGCCGGAUAAAGGAUUAAGCUCAUCACCACCGUCAGCAAAUCACCAACCAUGGCUACUACGGUCAAGUCCUUUACUUCAAUGGCGGUUUCAUAUUCUUACAGCUUUAGUUUUUGUCGGUAUGGUGACCGUUUGGAGUAUAGACGGAUGUACUAUAAAGAACGUUGUUGAAUCUUGGAGGUUUAAACAAGAAGGGUAUUUGAAAAAGAAAUUCUUUUCACAGCCUUCGUUUUCUUCCAACGGUACCGGAGAUUUCGCCGGAGUUACUAAUUCCAGCUAUAGUAUACUUGACAGCAGCAAAAACUCUAGCUUUUCUGAUGAGAUUCUUGAAAGUGAAUCAAGAGAAGCUAUUGAAAAGUGGGUGUCAGCUGAUUUGCAGCAAAAUGUGAGUUCUGAUCGGAAUACAACUGAUGGGGUAAGGAUUCUUGAAUUAGAAGAUAAAGUUAAGUGGGUGUCAGCAAAAUUAGAGGCAAAUUUGACCAUAAAUUUAAUAGCAAGGUGGCUAUCUCCAGGGGUUGUGCCGUGUACAGAUUCACGGACGGUGGACAUUGUAAUACCUGGAUUGGAUGGUCAAGAUUUGAUUGAGCUGCCUGCUGGUAAGAGUCAUGAGUUUGUUUUUCAGGCAGUGGACGAGUUCAAGAAUCUGAGGUGUUUAGGUGGGGAUUAUUUUGAGACUGAUCUUUCGGGGGAGUCAUGGAAGUCUAGGCCUUUGCUCAAAGAUUUCGGAAACGGCUCGUAUUCGGUCACUCUUCAGGUUCAUCCUGAUUUUUCUGGUGAUUAUAAUCUUACUGUUAUUUUGCUUUUUAGGCAUUAUGAGGGUUUGAAAUUUUCGCCUUCGAGAUUUGUUUAUGAUAAAGAAUUGCGUAAGAUUCGAAUUAGGUUUGUUAAAGCUCAUUAUGAGCUUCCAGAGCUGCAGAUUUGUCAAAAAUCUGAUUUUACUGAAGAGCUUUGGUUAGGGAGGUGGACUAGGCAUGGUAAAAACGAUGGCUGUAAAAUUAGUAACGAUGGCCGGUACCGUUGCUUGGGGUCGGAUUUUCCGUGCCAAAGUCCAUGGUGUGAUGGUUCUUUAGGUUCAUUAGAGAGUAAUGGCUGGGUUUACUCUAGUCAUUGUUCAUUUAGGCUCUUUUCAGCUGAUUCUGCUUGGAAUUGCUUGAAGGGUAGGUGGCUUUUCUUUUGGGGAGACUCUAAUCAUGUUGAUACUAUAAGAAACAUGCUUAAUUUUGUAUUGGACUUGCCUUCGGUUAAAUCUGUUCCUAGACGGUUUGAUAUGAAUUUUACAAAUCCUAAAGAUGCUUCUCAAUCAGUUCGAAUUACGAGCAUUUUUAAUGGUCAUUGGAACGAGACGGGGAAUUAUCUAGGGUUGGAUUCAUUGAAAGAUGAGGGAUUUAGAAAUUUGGUGAAGAAAUACUUCUCGGAAGACACUGUGCCAGACUCUAUAAUCAUGAAUUCCGGUUUACAUGACGGUAUACAUUGGAGGACUAUCAGAAGAUUUUCUGCCGGAGCUGAUUAUGCAGUGUCGUUUUGGAAAGAAGUUAUGGAUUCUGUGAAGCAGAGAGGAUUAGUGGCUCCGCAUAUCUUCUAUCGGACCACUAUUAGCACUGCCGGGUAUGCUAGAUCACUGGCAUUUAAUCCGAACAAGAUGGAGGUAUACAAUUGGGUGGUUUUGGAUAAAUUUAGGCAGGCAGGGCUUCUUUCUGGGGUGAUUGAUAACUUUGAUAUGACAUAUCCGUGGCAUUAUGACAAUCGUUGCAACGACGGGGUACAUUAUGGCAGAGCUCCGGCAAAGAUGAAGUGGAGAGAUGGUGAGAUUGGACACCAAUAUUUUGUCGACCUUAUGUUGGCUCAUGUGCUUUUUAAUGUUUUAUGUUUAGAUAUCAAAUGAAGGGAUCAAUGUGACUGAAUUAUUCUUUCGAGGACCCAUUAUGAAUGCAUACUGGCGAAUAAGGAACUUGGUGCCAACCUGUUACCGAGAAUGGCCACAUUUUUUGGAAAGAAGAGUAGAUUGUGCCACGAGUUUGGAAGAAAGUUGGAAUCUGCUAUUGAUGUGAGCUAGAGAGAGAAUUAUGGAGGCAAAUUUACGAGGUAGCGACUUUCACUUGCUAGCUUGUAUUGUUUUUUAAGUUAGAAUCAGCAUUCUUUAUUUGUUUAUAGUAUUGGUUCUCAAUAAUUUUAGGAUGAGAGGUUCCUUUUAUAUGUCAUAUCUUAUUGUAAUUAUCCACAUGUUUGAUGAGGUUUACAUUUUUACUGUUGUUCAUUGUAUAAUUGCACUUUCUAAGCAUCUAAACUAGCAUGAGUUUGUUGCCUUA